CUUGCCGUAGUUGCCGGGUAUUGGAGGUCAGCCGGAGGAGGCGUGCGUCUGAAAUAUUUAGUGCAAAAUGUCAUGAAAGUGGCGAAAAUAAAGGAAUAUAGCGUUUUAAACAAUUAUGUAAUUUACAAGUGUGUAUCGCUGUUAAGCACGGUACUUCAAUUGUACAAAAAACGGGAGGAAAGCUCAUGAAAUAAGGGAGAAAUUCCUCCGUCCGUUUUGUCCUACAAAGAAAGAGCGACCACAGUUUGACAGCGCAGUUCAGACUGCGCAGGCCUGGCAUUAGAUUAACUGCUGUAGGGCGGCAUCUGAACGAAUAGAUGAUAUUUAUGAAAGAACAAAGACUUUAUUGAUUUGUGAAUAAAAAAAACAGUUGCAAAUAUGAGGAAGGACGUGAGGAUAUUACUCGUCGGGGAACCCAAAGUGGGGAAGACGUCUCUGAUCAUGUCACUGGUCAGCGAGGAGUUCCCUGACGACGUUCCCCUUCGAGCGGAGGAGAUCACCAUCCCGGCAGAUGUAACGCCAGAGAGAGUCCCCACACACAUAGUGGACUACUCAGAAGCAGAACAGUCAGACGAGCAGUUGUAUCAAGAAAUAUCGAAGGCAAAUGUUAUUUGCAUAGUUUACUCAGUCAACAACAAGAAGUCCAUUGAGAAGGUGACAAGCCAUUGGAUUCCCCUCAUAAAUGACAGGACGGACAAGGAUAGCAGGGUACCACUGAUCCUGGUGGGGAAUAAGUCAGAUCUGGUAGAACACAGCAGCAUGGAGACCAUCCUGCCCAUCAUGAACCAGUACUCUGACAUCGAGACCUGCGUGGAGUGCUCUGCCAAAAACCUGAAGAACAUCUCAGAGCUGUUCUACUAUGCCCAGAAGGCAGUGCUCCACCCUACAGGACCCCUGUACUGCCCAGAGGAGAAGGAGAUGAAGCUGUCUUGCAUCAAGGCUCUAACUCGCAUCUUCAAAGUGUCGGACCUGGACAAUGAUGGCAUCCUCAACGACAAAGAACUCAACUUCUUCCAGAGGACGUGUUUCAACAUGCCCCUGGCGCCCCAGGCCUUAGAGGAUGUCAAGAACGUGGUGAGGAAGAACAUGACGGAAGGAGUCGAGGACAACGGACUCACGCUCAAAGGCUUCUUGUUCCUGCACACGCUUUUCAUCCAGAGGGGGCGUCACGAGACCACCUGGACGGUGCUGCGGAGGUUCGGUUACGACGACGACUUGGAGCUUCACCAGGAAUACCUGUUCCCCCUGCUAAAAAUACCUGCUGACUGCACCACCGAGCUCAACCACAACGCGUACCUCUUCCUCCAGAGUGUCUUCGACAAGCACGACAAAGACAGAGACUGUGCCUUGUCUCCAGAUGAGGUAAAGGACUUGUUCAAAGUGUUUCCCUACAUGCCCUGGGGUCCCGACGUCAACAACACAGUGUGUACCAACGACCAGGGCUGGAUCACCUACCAGGGAUACCUGUCACAGUGGACGUUAACGACGUACCUGGAUGUGCAGCGCUGCUUGGAGUACAUGGGCUACCUUGGCUACUCAAUAAUCUGUGAGCAGGAGUCCCAGGCAGCAGCCAUCACAGUGACCCGUAACAAGCGCAUCGACCUGCAGAAGAAGCAGACGCAGCGCAGCGUGUUCCGCUGCAACAUUCUGGGAGCCAGGGGGAGUGGCAAGACCAGCUUCCUGCAGGCCUUCCUGGGUCGCAACCUGCUGAAACAGAGGAAGAUCAGAGAAGACCAUAAAUCAUUCUACUCCAUCAACACCACGUAUGUCUACGGCCAGGAGAAGUACUUACUGCUUCAUGAGGUGAUGCCAGACUUUGACUUCCUCUCAGAGGAAGACCUGGCGUGUGACGUGGUCUGCCUGGUGUAUGACGUCAACAACCCACGCUCCUUUGAGUACUGCGCCAAGGUCUACAAGCAAUACUUCAUGGACAGCAAGACGCCGUGCAUGAUGAUCGCCUCCAAGUCGGACCUGCACGAGGCGCGCCAGCACCACAGCCUGACCCCGCUGGACUUCUGCCGCAAGCACAAGCUGCACCCGCCCCAACCCUGGACCUGCAACACGGUGGACGCCCCCAACAAAGACCUCUACACCAAACUCACCACCAUGGCCAUGUACCCCCACGCCAAGCUCCGCUGCAUGUGUACCUGCAACAGGUGCACCUUCUGCAUCUGUCAGAACAUCCUCCGGUCCCAGCUAUUGAGAACUAUAAAGGCCAAAUUCUACAGUGUUGUUCUGAACAGGUUACAUGAUGUGGGAGCCUAUCUGUUGGAUGACGAGGAGUGCAGUCUGAUCCAGCAGGUUCACGCCAUCAGUAAUGUAGAGGAGUCUAUCUACAUGGAGUCUUCUGUCCAGCCCAAUGGGCCUCAGGCCAGGCACAUGGCUCAGGCAGACCUGAAGAGCUCUACGUUUUGGCUAAGGGCAAGCGUGGGGGCCACCGUGUUUGCAGUCUUGGGCUUCGCCAUGUACAGAGCUAUCCUCAAACAGCGAUGAUCAAGACAGACACAGGAUGCAUGAUAUGACCCCUGACCCCCCACAGGUCUCUGCCCUUUGACCCCUCAGCCCCUCCUUGAAAGAAAACACGACCUCCAACAUCCCACAAUCUUCUGCCCCCCUUCCCCGACAACUGAAUGAAACGGAACUUCCAGCCCAUCUGAACCAGCCCUGAUCCCACAUCCACCUUACCGGAGAGGGAACAAACCGAGAAAUCAUAGAUGGAUUUUAUAUAUUUGAAACUAGUCAUCUUUUGCAAACUCUGUUUUUUUGUUAGUUUUUUAGUUUUUCUUUGAAAAAAAGUAUCCACAAACUCAAAUUGUGUGUAUUGAACACCAUGUAAUCAAUCUACUGCAGGCAUUCUGGUAUCGUGUGAUCUGGUCUAGUCUUGGGUUUUUUUCUUCUCCCGGUCAGACAGUAGUAGUUGCUGGUUGUUUUUAAAUCUGUGUAGAACCCGGCCUUUUUUCACAGGUCAGUAUUAGCUAGCUGGUUUGACCCCCAGAGCCAGAGAAAGCAAAGAAGGCACCGUAUACAACUCACUACAAAAGGGACUGAAAACAUUUGUUUAUAGAUGUGUGUGUGUAUAUAUAAAUAUAUAUAUUGCUCGGGUACUUAGAGAAAUACCCAACCAGAUUACGGCGCGAACAAAGCUUGCCAGUGAAUAAAGCAUUCAGCUCUGUAACACCUCAACAGUGAGCCUACAGGAAGAGCUGCAAAGUCAAAGCCAUUUUUAAUGUUGAAAAGGUCAAGGGUUUCGUGCACGGGUUUCAAUUGCUAUUAAUUUAUUAACCUGUUUCUUUUCUUUGGUUUAUCUGUUUUGAAUGGUUUGUUCAGCAUUGCAUGAAACAGACCCACUUCAAGAGGAUAAUACAUUCAUUUUCCAUGUAUUUUUGUAUAUCUAGUAUUAUCAAAGCCGCUAAUAAUGACAUCCGUCAUUCACUUACUCUGAAAGACAAAAGACUACAACAUUAUCAUGACCGUAUAUGCUUCUUCCUCGACUUGUUUUAUUUUCCUGUUUUCAAAAUAGCUUUUUUCCUUUAAAUUAUGAUUAUAUUUUUAUGUUAAACACUAUUAUGCCUACAGAUUGCAGUAUGUUAUUAACAGCCAUGCAGUGCACCUCUGACUCCUUCCUUGAACCAUGGAUGGAACUGUUUAUUCUCAUUGUUGACUUUUCAAGCAUUUACAAUAAAUAACUGUGUGAUCUGA